AUGGAUGCGCUCGGCGUCGGGUCGAGAGGGGUGGUGGACGUGUACUCGCUGUCGAAUUAUACGUUUGGGACGAAACGGGCGCGAGGAGAGAAGGACGCGACGGCGGCGGAGCGACUGUUGCGAAUGCGCGCGCAAUACGAAAAGGAAGGGAAACGGCGGAGUGUGGGGGCGAUAUGCAUGGUGAGCCAACACAGGACGCCGCACGUGUUGCUGUUGCAGAUCACGCCGACGAGUUUUAAGCUGCCGGGGGGACGGUUGCGCGCGGGCGAGGGCGACGUCGAGGGGCUGGCGCGAAAGAUGCGAAACAAGCUGCAACCCGAACGCGACGACGGGUUGGAGCAGUACGAGUUCGAUAUCGGUGAUCAGGUCGCGACGUGGUAUCGCACGUCGUAUGAACCGCAAAUGUAUCCGUACUUGCCCGCGCACAUCACGAAACCGAAGGAGGAGUACAGAAUGUUCGUCGCGCACUUGCCGGAGAAGUGCUACUUCGCCGUGCCGAAGAACUUAAAGCUCCUCGCGGUGCCGUUGUUCGAGCUGUACGGGAACCCGGGAAAGUACGGCGCGGAAAUCGCGAGCAUCCCGCACUUAUUAUCUCGCUAUCGAUUAAAUCUAGAGUAG